AUGAUCCCGACAUCCGCAGCAGCCGUUCAAAACAGAGCCCAGCGCCCGCCCCCGGCACCGCCGCCCCGGCUGCGCUCCCCGCCUCUCCUCCCGUGCCGCCCGCCUUUCUUCCCAGCCUUUUCCUACAGCCCCCAAGCAGUUCUCCAAGUUGAGAUGAGUUUUCUCUCCCCUCGGCGAGCCCCGGCUGAUGUUAAAGAUUAUGCAACGCUAACAGAUGUGGGGUUUAUGAUUCUAGCUGCCCGUCCUCGGGAGGAGCCCGCGUUAGCAUGGGAUGCUGCCGGGGUGGCCGCAGCCCUGGCAGAACACCCGGGAAUGGUCCCCAGGGCAUCGCCACCCUCCCGAGGAGGGGCUGCUCCGGGCAGCCAGGCAACUGCUCUUGGCUUCCCUUGUGGGCGAACUCAGAUUAAAUUUGUGUUCCCCGGUCAAGAAAUCAUUGAAAGCAGCCAUCAGGAGAGAAGUUUAAGCACAGAGUUGAGGACUCCUGGUGCUCCUGUGGACAGUGUGGAGCUGGGGACGAUGGUGGCCAUGAGCAGGGAAUGGACAUCAAUGCCUGCCAGGCACAGGGUGGUGCCAGCAGCAAGCAGGGUCACAGGGCACGCUGACCCCCCUGCCAGGGAUGGGGAUGUCACCCCACUGGGAGCAGAACCCCUGGAGAACCCAUCUGCCAGGAUAGWGACCCACCUGCUCACCCACAGCCAUCCUCCUGACCCUGGAAGCCAUCACCAUGCUGCAGGCAGCCAGGGGAGAGGCAGGAGGGCUCUGGCUUCUCCCAACACCCCUACAACUGCUGAGGGGACACCCCYAGAGCUGGAAGCUGACUGGGCUGAAGGGACACAGGUCUGGAAUGCUUCGGGGUUUAACAAYACCAUGAGGACAGUGCUGCCACCUUCAUCUUCAGAAUCUCAUCAUCCAGACACUGACAGUCCCUCUCAACCAGCGAGCAGCUGGAGGGGCACAGAGCUGGGCAGCAGCCCCACCAUGGACACUGCAGCCACCUCACCCAGCACUGCCCUCCCGGGCUCCCUGGGACAGCCCCAGGCUGGUGCAGACCACAUCGUGCUACACCCCGAGGGUGUCACAGGGAGCUCCACCCGCCCUGUGAGGACAGCGUCAUCUCCCACAGACGGCUCUUUCAGAGCCGUUGGAAGCAGCUACCAGCCGUCCAGCAGCUCAGCCACGGAGAGGAAAGGCUCAGAUUUCCCCUCCACCAGUGGCUCCAUCUCCACAAGAGCCACCAAGGGUGGAGGGAGGACAUUCAGAUCUCUGCCAGCCAGCACCAGGSUGGUCAGCAUGGAAGAGAUUUCCACCUCUGGUGCUGAAAUCACCAGCUCUGCAGCCCAAAGCCRGACCCCKGGGAUGUCUGUGGGUGCCCAGGGKGGUGGWGGCAGAGGUGUCACMGACCCAUUGCGCACAGGAUCACCAUCUGCUUCAGAAAGUGCUUCCACAACCUUUAGCAGCAAUUAUGAACCCCCCAAGAGCAUCCCAGCUGCAGAAGAGGUGGCACUGCUCUUGGACUCGCAGGGUGAUGACAUGUCCAGUGUGGCAGUGGGGACACAGAUGUCACCAGCAAAUGGCCACWCAGCUGGGGUGACGAGGGACUCUGCCACCAUCACCAACCCCACAAGCUCCCUGGGGAGGAGCAGUUUCUCCUUGGGGACUGGGACACAUCAUCCCAAUGGCUCAGAGGAAGCCACCGAUCUCCCAGGCCCUCCUGGGGGUCCUUUGCUCACCAGCUCCCUGUCUGCCUCUGAAGGUCCUUUCCGAGGUGUCAGAAGCAGCCACCGAGCAGUUGAGGAAUCCUCCCUCGCUGCCUUUGCCACCAGUGCUCCCGUGCCAGCCACGUCCAGCAGUGACACUGACAGGACCUUGGGCACAGCCAGAUCCUUGUCCACAUCUGUCAGAGAGACCUACAGAGCUCAGGAGUCCACAGGAGUGACAGAUUUCACCGAGCAGGUGGCAGACUCUACCCUAACACACUCUCAUUCUCCUUGGGAAGAUCCUUCGCCAGCUACUGGAAGCAGCCAUGUGUCAUUCAGCAUCCUGUCAACAGAGAGAAAAAAACAUUUCCCCGCCAGCAGCACCUCUGUUUCUACAACAGGCACCAAGGGUGGAGGGAGGACGUUAAGGUCUCUGCCAGGCAGCACCAUGCUGGCCCAAACUACAGAGAUUUCCACCACCCAAAACAUCAGCUCUCCAGGCCAUUYCCAGUCUUCUUUGGGAGCCCAGGGUGGUGGUGGCAGAGGUGCCACCGUGUCAUCUGUGAACCCACUGCUCGCAGGCUCAGCAUCUGCUUCCCCAGCAGAAAGAACCUCUGCAAUGGGAGAACGCCUGCCUCUCACCAGUACACACAGUUUGGUGACAGCUGCCACCAGGGAGGAGAGCAGCACAGUGCUGGACACCCAUGGAGCUUCCAGUGCCACAGGGAGCUCUGCUCCUGCUCCACCCCACACUGGCACCCUGAGCACGGUCCCUGUGCUGUCCUCAGCAGCAGCAGAGCCUGGGAAGCAUAGUCAUGUUUCACAGAGCGGUGCUGGCCUCAGUGAGCGUCCUACAAAGCUGCUGCCUGCGUUUUCUCCCAGCGUUUCAGUGCCUUCGCCAUCAGCCACUCUCUUCAUCCACAAGGAGGGCACAUCUCGAGCCCCAGGCAGCCRCAGCAUGUGGAGCACAGAAGGAGGAAGCCUCACAUCUCACCCAGGCACGGCUGGGGACACCAGCACUGACCCUGUCCCAUCCUCCACAGCGUGGCCUGGAGUGACACACGUGUCAUCCAGCCGAGCAGGGUCCCCAGAGCCCAAGGUCACCCUUUCAUCCAGGGUCUUCACCUCCUUCUCAGCUGCUGGCGAACCUUCCACCAUAGGCAGCAGCCAUCACUCCCUGAGCAGCUCAGGUGCUGAGGAGAGGAUGUCCAGCCCCAUCACCRAUCCCAUGUACAGCUCAUCCACGUCUGCUGGAGGUGAGGAGAGGAUGCUGCCCUCGGUGACAGAUGGCACAGAGAGCUCUUUGUCCCGUGCUGAAGCRGAGCAGGGCAGGACAGCCAACACCUACACCGGCAGUGGCAGCAGGGGCCCUGUGACCGAGACGGUCUAUGUGCGUUCUGCCAAGAUUCCCACUUAUUCUUCUCUCCAGACUGAUCUCACAAACUUUUCAGGUAGCCAUCUGCCAGUCAGUAGCAUCGAUGCUGAGAAAAGGACCUCAGUCUCUCACACGGAUGGCACAUACAUUUCAACCACMUAUACCAGAGGAGGAGAAAGGACCCUCCUGUCUAUCUCCAACAGCAGCACCUCUGCUGACUCCUCAGAAAGUUCCACCUUYUUUUCUGAAAUUUCCAGCCCUUUUGAUGCAUCAAAGUCAUCUGUGGCUCAUGACAGGCAGGCCAAUGCAUCAAACAGCAGCAGUUUUGUUGAACCAUCCACGGAGCCGCUGCUGGUGCACCCUUCCAAGCUGUCGACUUCUGCUUCCUCAGGCAACAUAGAAAAUACAACUCUCUUCAACACUGACUCUGAGCUAUUGACCACUGACAGAUCUCCUCUAUCUUCAUCAGCAUUUCCAGCCUCUUCCUCACUGUCAUCACUGCAGCACUCGCUGUCAUCAGCACCGCCGCCAACGCUUGUGUUUACGCUGUCAGAGUCACCCGAGCCGGGCUCGUCCUCUGUGAUGGCAUCUUCACCCCCUCUGCAGGCUUUGCCAUCCUCCUUGCCCACUUCCUCCUUGCCCUCCCCAUCUCACUUACCAACAUCCUUAUUACCUGUGUCUUCAUCGCCUUCGUCCAUCUCGCAGUCCAGUGACAGUGGUCAAGCGAGCACCACUGUGGCCACAGGGGUGGUCAGGAGGGAGCCCUCCACCACUGCCACAGCUGGCAGCUCGCCCGGAGAGACCAGCAAGCACAAUGUCACACACCAGCCCCAGAACGGUGCCACCAUCACCCCCACAGGGUCACCGCUCCCUACGGCACCCAUGGAGCUGCUUGGUGGCCGUGUCGUGUCCGUGUCYGCUCCCGUGACAGUGACAGAGACUGCGUCACCUGGAGAUGCCACCACCCGUGGGGACAGCUUUGGGAAGGCAACACCACUGCUCACCACGGCCAGCGUUGCUCCACAGGCUGCUCCAACAGAUGCWCCCCUGAGUCCCCCACCCAGUACAACAAAUCACAGCAGCUUUGUCCCUGCAGUGGCAGUGACCACGGUGARCCCUCCCGUGCUGACCACACCGACCGCUCGCCAGCCCACCCYGGGUGAGACCAGCACCGUCAAAGACCACAGGGCUCACACCCCCACUGCCACCAAGCACAGCUAUACCACUGGUAAAAGCACAGAAGCCAUGAAUCCCACCACUGCAAAGCCUGGUAAAGUCACUGAGGAGAACAUCCCKGUCACAAGUCCUUCUAAAGCCACUCCGACCACCAAGACCACUGUGAGCACUGCGACUACUACRGCUGCUACCAAACCAGCCAAACCAACCAAACCAACCACUGUUCCUCCAUCGAGCACCACAGCUGGGCUGAGGACAUCACCUCCAGCCACAGAUGUGGAUAAAUGUCUUUCCAACCCUUGUCCUGCACUGGCCACCUGCAACAACACCCAUGGCUCCUAUAUCUGUCAGUGUCCUCUUGGAUACGAGCUGGAAAAAGGAAAGUGCAAUUUAGUGAGAAUAUUUAUUGGCCAGGUACCCCUGAAAUUAAAUAUCACCCACGGGAAGUACACAGAGCUCUUCCACAUUGAGAGGGAGAUCCUGGAGAUGCUCAAUGCAUCGCUGUCAGCCUUGCCAGGGUACCACCACUCCACAGUCAAGGCAAGCAGGGAGGCAAAUUUUGUGCAUGUUUCAGUGCAAUCCACGUUCUCUUUAGCAUCCAACGUGACCUUAUACGAUGUUAUCAGCAGCGUGAAAAGCUACAUUCGAGCUUGCAAAUCCCCCACUGAAGCCUGCCAGUUCAUCUCCAGCCUGAARCCACUCCACAGAGUGGGCAGCUUGUGCAGACUGAAAGACCCUGAAUGCGACAAGGAAACUUCRGAAUGCACCGACUUUGACGGAGUAGCUCUCUGCCAGUGCAAAAGUGGGUACUUCAAAUACAACAAGAUGGACCACUCCUGCAGAGCCUGUGAAGAUGGAUAUAAACUGGAAAACGAGACUUGUGUGAGCUGCCCCUUUGGCUUGGGUGGAUUCAACUGUGGAAACCCGUAUCAGCUCAUCACGGUGGUGAUUGCUGCUGCAGGAGGGGGACUGCUGCUGAUCAUGGGCAUUGCACUGAUUGUCACCUGCUUCCGGAAGAAUAAAAAUGACAUAAGUAAACUGAUUUUCAAGAGUGGRGAUUUCCAGAUGUCACCUUAUGCUGAAUAUCCGAAGAAUCCCCGAGCACAGGARUGGGGCAGAGAGACCAUCGAGAUGCAGGAGAACGGAAGCACCAAGAACCUGUUGCAGAUGACAGAUGUCUAUUAUUCGCCAACUGGACUGAGAAAUCCUGAACUGGAAAGAAAUGGACUUUAUCCUCCCUACACUGGUUUGCCUGGAUCUCGACAUUCAUGCAUCUACCCUGGACAAUACAAUCCRUCCUUCAUCAGUGACGAAACCAGAAGAAGAGACUAUUUUUAGCAGAGUGGAGAGGGAGUGGAAGAUUGACACAGUUGUGUGGCCCUUAAUCCCCAGGUACAGUUGUCUCCUGGGUAGUUCAGGCCACAUCAGUCUUACUCUUCCCAUUUAAUAGGAAGGACUUUGAACUUCAUGCUGAGCAUUGCUGCCCUGAGGGACAGUCACAGUUGCUGAGCAUCAGAGAGGAGGAGGAGGAGGAAGAGGAGGGAAUGGCUCAAGAAGCACACCACUAACAGACCCAGAGGGAAGCCAACACACGURCUCCGUUUUCAUUUUUCACUCUUGGCGCUACGUGGCAAGCAUGGAUCAGUACAGGCAGAUGAACUGUGCCCAGCACUCUGUGUUGAAUACCACUGGGGAGUGUCUUGUUUACAGAUCUCGCUCACUGUUGACUGUACUUGUCUUCCCAGCCAGCCUUCAUGCAAAGAUUCACUGUGCAACUGCUUUUGGUAGGGCGAGUUUGUCCACUCCCUUUUCCACCGCUGCAUUGCUGUCUGCUUCGUGCACAACAGGGAAGCUGACUUGUCUUCUGGCCCUCACUCCUUACUGUAAAAGUUCUCCASAUGUCUGGGUCCUUGCUGAAGCCCAGUGUCUGGCAAUAUUGGCUGAAUUAAUGCGUUGAUUGUCUCCAAGAAGUGGGGGAAGGUUGGUCACACCACUGCAAUUUUAACUGAAAGGAGGCACAGUUGUUCCUAUGUGCUGCUUUGAAAACCUUCUCUGUAUAGGGAAUGUUGUUGUUUUGUCAGCCAGUGUUGUCCAGAAGCGAUGCCACUACACACCAUCAUGGUGCUUCCAUAUGGGAUCCUUUGGGGCUCUGUUUCCCUGCAAGGAUUUAAAUGCCUGUGGAAACAGCAAUACAAGAUUAAAUAAUUACUCACAGGAAAGAAAAAGAUGAUCUGUGAAUUCAGAUGGUCUUUUUGAGGAAUCUGUGAAGGAGCAAUAAUGCURUAGCCUUGGUAGACAGAGGAACUUGAAUUCUGGGCCCUGAAGGUGGGACAUUGUGUAUUCAAGCCUCCACAGUCCAGCUUGAGUUCUGUAGGAGCUGUGGAGGCUUUCACUGCACUGGAAAAUAGGGCUUACUGCAGUCAUUUGCAUUUAAGGGAGAGUAAAACAUGAUGCUUGCAAUCCUAGCAUAGCAAAGAAGUUGAAGUGUUUUUCUUUCUUCCAUUGUAGUUUCGAGUGCUUCAGACCGGGGAAGUUCCCUCACCCAGGUGUGUUCAUACAUAUUAGCAGAAGCUGAAGAAAGUAAGUUAGCAUAUUUCACACCAAAGAUCAGACUGAAACUUGUGGACUGUAUUCUGACCGAAACAGGGUGUUGAAAGAGAUCUUACUGAUCACAGAACCUUAGAAUGGGUUGGGUUGGAAGACAUCUUACAGAUCAUCGUGUUACAACCCUGCUGCCAAGAGCAGGGGCAYCUUCCACUAGACCAGGCUGCUCAAAGUCCCAUCCAACCUGGCUUUGAGCACUUGCAGGGGUUGGGUAACUUCUCUGGGCAACCUGUGCCAGUGCCUCCCCACUCUCAUGAUGAGGAAUUUCUUCCGUAUUACUAAUCUAAAUCAUUGCUCUUUGUCCUAUCCCUACAUGCCCUUGUGAAAAAAGCCUCUCCAGCUUUCCUAUAGGCCUCCUUUUGUUACUGGAAAGUGCUCUAAGGUCUCCCUGGAGCUUACUCUUCUCCAGGCUGAGCAGCCCCAGCCUUCUCGGASUGUCUUCAUAGGAGAGCUGCUCCAGCCUCUGACCAUCCUUGUGGUCAAGCUCCUCUGGGCUUGUUCUUUCUGGUAUUUGGCCCCCUCAGAGCUGAACACAUCACUGCAGGUGGGGUCUCAGGAGAGCAGAGUGGAGGGAGAUAAUCCCCUCCCCACACUGGUUGUGGUGCAGCCCAAGUCACAAUUGGCUUUCUGGGCUGUGAGAGCACAUUGCUGGGUCAUGUUGAGCCUCUCAUCAACYCACASCCCAAGUCCUUCUCCUCAGGGCUACUUUCUAUUCYCCAACAGCCUGUAUUUGUGCUUGGGAUUGCCCCGACUCGCAGGAAACAUAACGAAAUAUGAUGAAGUAUAUUUACCACUUAUCUUUACAGCAGUGCUAAUCUGAGUCAUCCAAACCCUGUUUAGAUCCAAGGUCCAGAUGCAGUUUCUCCUCUUGAAUGUGAGUGUGCUUUUAAUUCAAGGUGGCUUUUAAUUCAAGUUUAGCCACUAACCACCCUAUCUGCAGUGUGUACAUAAGCUGAUAUUCCCUUCUCCCAGCAUGCUUUAAAAGACACAGUGCCUACAAGUUCACUAGGUUGCUCAGCUCACUGAAGCACUGAGGAUCACAGGGUGCAUCCCCCAGUGUCUGACCCCAAGUAAGGGCAGCAGUUCAGGUGCUGCAGUCCAUGAGUGAUGUUCUUCUGCCUUUUGUUAGCAGCUGAUCUUUUAGUUGCACAGGAUUCAUUGGCUGAUGGGAACUAAGGACUUUGUUGUGCUGUAGGAUCCUUCAAAACAGGAGAUUGGCAGGGUCAUUUCUGUGUGGGUGAAUUGCCUCUGGUUUCGAGAGUGCCCAGACAGAAAGGACAGCCUUUCCUGUGAUAUGGACUAGAGUUUUGGUUUUGUUACGUAAGAAGAGAGGAAGCUGGAAUUCAUGCUGAAUCUAAAUCCAAAGUCUAUAGACAAGCACUGGACUUUGUCCUUUUUUAAUAAAGCAGCUUAUGAUAAAGGAAGUAUCCCAGCAAUGAUGAGAAUCCUAUGAUUUAACCAUGUGCCAGCGUUUCCUCAGGUAGGGAAGGAUUUAGACACUUGUUUAUAGGCAAAGUUGUUUAAUUGUUUGGUUGGUUCGUAGACUGGGAGAUGAACCUGUUGUGUGUCAGGUACAAAGGACAAAGUAUGACAAAUCAACUUACAGUUGCAGAUCAGUCCUUCUGUACAAAGAGUGUAUGAACAAAACUUCUGGUCUGUAUUUCACAGCACAUUACUGUGAAAUGCAAGGGAUUUGAGUGAAAUUGGGAUAGGACUAUUUCUAUUUGAAAUGCACAAAAGUUUGCAAGUAAUUGAUUUUAAUAUCUUAAUGGCCUUCAAAUACUUUUUAAAUUGCAUCUGGGAAGAAAGUGUUUCAAUAAAUCCAUCAGCAUUUUUUGAGUGAGGACUGCAAAUCUUGGACUUCUCUGAUUAGAGAAUGUUAUUGCACUGAAGUUUUCACUCUGCCAUAGGAGGUAAACAUUGGGAUAUUUCUUAAGAGGAUUUAUCCAUUGCAGGCUGACCUUCUACUUAGCUUGGGUAAGAAAGGAGUCACAGAGCCAAUGUCUAGCCCACAGGAUGAGGAGGAAAAUGGUCUCUCCUCACCUGCCACACCUUCUCUGGGUAUCUUAGGCGGUCCUGCUCAGCAGGCAAGGAGGAGUCAGCACCCGGAUGAGUGCAGGUGCUUUCCCCUGCGGUGAUCCAGGAAGCUUUUGUGAAGGUGUCAGAGGCAGCCUGGAGUGAUUCAGCCCCUGGGUUUCCACCAGCCCAGCUGCAAUCUGUGCUGCAGUGCUCCUGUCUUCAGCCAGGCACCACCCUGGCUGCUGGGACAGAAGGGGUGGGUGCCACGCACUGUGUUGUCACAGUUUAUGAUGGUUAUUUUACUGCAAGUGUUUGCUGCCUCACCCCAGCAGUAYGGGCUCGCCCAGCCACAGCAGGGAUGUGGCCUGCCUGUUUCAGUGCAGAUUGUCUCUGGGUAAAACUGCCAACAGGAUCUUCUCUGUGUCUGCCAUAAACAAAGCACCCUCUGGUAGUGGCCUGGGGCUUGUUGUUCCUCUUGGGUAUAAGAAGGGUCUCUAUGUGCCCUCAAAACCGCUUGUAAAAUUAGAUGCUUCUCUGUUCACCACGUAACUCCCUGCAGGAUGUCUAACUAAAUGCAGCUUAGUUCUCAGAGUAUUUAGAUUACUUCUAGCUACUCUGAAUUACAAAUUUUGAGCACACUGGAUGUUUUUGCUAAGCAGGAAUCASUCUCCACUAUCCAAGAGGAUAAGAGGGAAGUGGCAUGUUUUUGAUAUGGAGGAUGCAAGUGGUUCAGCCAGAUGUGGGGAAAGGAAGAUAAACUACACCAACACUACUCAUAAAUCUGCUAUUGCUCUUGCUGCUGUGGAAAGUGAGGGAAACAGUCAGCAAGAAUCUAUGGGCAGUUGUGUGGGUUUAUUUUAAAAUAAAUUUGGGGAAAAAUUGCUAAUUCUGUUGCUUGACAGAAAARGUUGUGAGAGGCUUGUGUUUGCUGCUGUGGUGCUCUGCCAGUUGUGCUGACAAAACCACAAAACCCCCUUACCCAUGACAAGUCAGCAUAGUAGAUGCAGUUCCUGUGAACAGAUCAGCAAAACACAGAUUUGAGGGAUCUUUCAAAAGGCUGUUCAAACCUACAGUCUUCCUGUGUCCUGCUGCUUGCCCUGGGCAGUUCUUCCAGCUGCACUGGGUUUUUUUUUUCAUACUGUUGAAAUCUCACAKCACUGAAUUGGAUUUUAAGUAGAAAUAGCAGGCUAUGUUGAUGCCCUUUUCCCCCACAUUGCAAGCAUUAGGUUUUAUAGCAUCAAUGAAUCUCAUUGCUAUUGUUGCAUUUCCCAUCAGCUCCACUGGCACAGUUAUGUACUGAAUUACUGCUCGUGAACAGCCUUGUGAAAGUUAUCUGCCUCCACACUGAAGGGUGGUAAAAGGCUUUAAAAAUGGCAGUAAAUUGCAGGUAGAGAGAGGUGCUGUGAAAUUGUUUGUGCCAAUACUUGUACAKGUUGCUUGCUGGRACCUGAGUG